CGAAAGCGCACGUAUGUAUCUCUACGCACUCGCUCCGAUCACGUACUCGUAAAAUACGUUCGGUUCGGUUUGUAUGUAAGUUAUGUGUCUUAAAUGCGAAAUAAUGAAGGAGAUUACAGUUGAAAUAGUUUAAAAUGUGAAAUGUUCGCAUAAAAUGUGAUUUUGAUGUUUAAUAAAUGAUUACUAUGGCUUUUGUGUGAUUGUGAAGUUGAUGUAAUGAAAAUGGUCGUGUUGCUGCUACUGGUCAUGUUUGUUGCACGCAGCGUGCCACACACGAUCACGCUGCUUGAGGUGCCGCUGUGGGCGGACCCGCGGCGCGAGGCUGAGCUGCGCUGUCACUACGCGCGUCAGCCGCGAGACCCGCCACUGCACUCCGUCAAGUGGUACAGAGACAACAACGAGAUAUUCAGAUACACCCCACAAGAGCUGGAGAGCCGUGCAUUCAACAACAGCGAGGUGACGAUCAGCAACAGCUCAUGUUCGCUGAGCGCGUGCGUGGUGUUGGUGCGGCCGGAGCGGGGCGGAGCACGAUACACCUGCGAGGUCUCUAGCGAAGGGCCGCGCUUCGCGGUCGACAAGCGUUCUGCCAACAUGACGUUAGCCGUGCUGCCGGAGUACGACCCUUUGAUCACGGGGCUGCCAACUCUGGUGCAGGUGGGGGAGACGGCACUCGUCAACUGUACCUCAGACUACUCCUUGCCGGCUGCAGAAAUAGACUGGUUUGUCGACUCGGAGCCGCAGGAGGAUCCGUUGAUAACAGGCGUGACCCACGUAUCCGGGGCUGAUGGGGACGGGUUGCGUGCGUCGUGGCGCACGCUGCAUGUGUUCCCAGAGGACUACGCCACACCGCGCGGCUACCUGUCGUUACGGUGUCGGGCCACGUUGCCCACGCGACCGCCGCACGUGCGUAGCAUGGCCGUGCGACUGUACGUCGCGGCACGUCCGCACAUAUCGUCCUAUAUGUUUAGUAAAAAUAAUGCGGUGGCGGAGGGCACUUCUGUGAGGUAUCACAGGGAGAUGUUUGUUUGGACAUUAUUGCUUCUGCUCGGGAGACAAGUGCCUUUGUUACUCAAAUGAAAUUUGGAGCUGUUUAGGAAAUAAACUAAAACACAUUUAAAUUAAUUGUCACGAAAGCUACAAAGGACAGGGAAAGUGAUAUUAUAGAUGUUUAAUUAAUUAAAAAAAAUAACUGUCACACUAAGGGCAGUUAAAAGGAGGCACUUAGUUUAGAUUUAUAUGAGAAAUCUAUACUAAAAAACUGCUUACGUAAAUGCCUUUAGUGUGAUGGAAAAUCGUGUAGGAACACAGAUAUAAAAUAUUUUUUUAUUUCAUUAUUUUAAUUAUUCAAUUUCAUAAAUGAUAAUUGUACUUUUAUAAUCUGUAAAUAUAUUUUACUGCGCGAUCACAAUUUAUCAGUGUCUGAAUGUUAUUGUAAAUAAUUAAAUUACUAUAAUAAUUGUAAAUAUAAUAUAAAUAAAAUAAAUUUCUCCCGCUUGCUUUAAUUUCAAGGGAGGAGAGAUAUCUCUCGAAUGUCUACUUUAUCUGAUCCGUACAGCGCCCGCCCGUAAAUAUAAAAAUAAAGAUAUAAAUUAUUCAGGACAAUUUAUUUUAUGAUACGAAAU